AUGGCCACUCAGAGUCGCCCGCAUCAAGGCUCGAUCUCUUCCACCUCUUCUGUCUUUCCUUCGAUUUCAAAGUCUCAGGAGGCCGCGGGCACACCAGAGCCGCUUUACCAGGUCAAACUCUUGGCCGCGCUCAGAAGUGGAGAUCCUGCGCGCAUACACCCUUUCCUGGCCGAAAUUGGCCAGGAGCGUCGCGCCUCUCAAGAUUCGGGCUCGGGUUCGGACGCAGGCCCCGGCGCCCUCCACCUUGCCAUUAGAUGCGCGUCUGUGGACACUAUACGCUUAUUGUUAUCUCACCGGGCCAUCUCGCCCAACGCGAUACAUCCGCCGGAGUCCGGCACCACCGCUUUGCAUCUCGCUGCAUCACUCGGACGUGUGGACGUCGUCACUCUGCUGCUAGAGCAGGAGGGAAUAGACGAUACUCUCCGAGAUGCCCAAGGCAAGACCGUCAAGGAUGUAGCCCAUGGCCGUGACGUCCAGCGGGCGAUACAGGACUCGAGAUCGUUCCUCACGGCGUCCUUCCGUUCUCAACUCCGUUCCUACAUCAUGUCACUACCGGCAACGCAACCUCCGGCACAGCUUGUCGCCCUUCUCUCAUCUCCUCGCGCGCGUCUACUCAAUCUAUCUUAUCUCGAUGAUGAUACGGGCACCACUCUCUUGCAUGAGGCAUCCAAGAGGAAAGACGCCAGUCUGGUUGAACUCGCGAUGCGUGGUGGAGCGGAUAUUUUCGUCCGUGACCGGCGUGGGCGUACCGUUCAGGAUGUCGUCGGAAAGGAUGACAAGAUGCGCGCGUUUCUCCGUCAAUUCGCCCGAAGAGACACCACGUUGAUAGAGGACGGACGACCAAGCGGACCGCCGGAGUUGAAGGGGUAUCUCAAUAAGUAUACCAACGUGGCUCGGGGCUGGGGAACAAGAUGGUUCGUCCUUAAGGAUGGGGUUCUCUCGUACUACCGACAUCAAGAGGAUGAAACCAUAGCCAGCCGAGGUUCGAUAGCCAUGCGAACCGCAGUCCUCCGACUACCUUCGAGCAGCGAUACCGUGCGCUUCGAGGUCCACUCCACUCCCUCGCACGGGCAUCAUAGUGUACAGAAAUGGUAUAUCAAGGCAAACCAUCCAGUUGAAGCGACGCGCUGGACUCAAGCCAUCGGUCGCGCUAUUGAGACCGCUCGUCAAGGCUCACCACCCGCACCAAUCCAUGACCACACUGAAAGCGAGUCUUCUCUGCAAUCCCUCGCGUCUCGCUCGUCGCUGCGUCUGAGUAGCUUGCGUCCUGGACAUAAGGGAUCCAGAUCUUCCAACAUGCUGAGCAGCCCCAGCUUGGCACACAAACCCAAGUCAGACGUGGAUAGCCUUACGAGUUCGAAGGAGAUGACCGACGAUGAGGACGGCCGUUCUCCCGACCUGUCUGGCCUGCAGGCUCCCGAACGUGCGGCCAGCCUGACGGGAAGUGGCGAAGAAGAGAACGGAAGCGUGGAGCAGAUCGAAUCCGCACAACCUCCGCAUGAGGGCAUGUAUUUCCUCAACGCGAAUUCCGCGACAGCCCAACUCGACCUUGUUGCCGACCUACUGACGGACCUUCUGAGGACGGGGAACACGCCAGCUCGUAGCGGGGAACUACAAAGUGCAUUGCGGGAGAACAUGGCUAGUGUGCGUGCUCUUGUGAACGAGUUUGUCGAUCAGGCGCGCCAACGCGACGACUGGUGGCGAUCACGUCUUUCUCGCGAAGUUCAUCGGCAAGCGGUGUGGGAGGAAAGUUUACAGAGUGUCGUGAAAGAGGGCGAGGCUUUGGAGCGCGAGCUACGCGAGCAGGCGCGGACGCAUCGCCGUGGGCGCUCGGCCAGCGAGGGCCGUGGAGAUGGCACGCUCCGUGCCCGCCCAAGCAUGCUCGUUGUGUCGCCUCCGGCACUUGAAGAAGAGGCGCUUGAAACUCCACUACAUCAAGUACAGCAAGUAUCUGCCGAGCGUGAGGUCAGGCCCGUGGUCCCAACACGUAGUGGAAGUAACCUCACGGUGACGGAACACGAUCCCCCGAGUCCCCAUACUCGCCGGCUUUCGCUCAGCCACUCCACCCUGCGUAGACAUCGACAGCCGUCAGGGUCGCCAGCAGCGGCACGUGCAGACUUCUUCGUCUCGCCUCCGCAUACGGCUUCCACCCUUGUGCCAGGUAUGCUUGAGACGCAGACAGACGACAUGGACGGAGAUGUAGACACCGACGAAGAGGACGAGUUCUUUGAUGCCAUAGAGACAGGUGCAUUGCCAAACCUCGUCAUCAACGAGGCCUUGAGGACCCACGCGCCAGCAUUGCCGGAUCACGUUGAGCUCGAGCAGUACAAGGGUUAUGAACAUCCGCGUAAGGAGUUGCCUAUUAAGAGCGACAACCGCCCGCCUACUUCGCUGUGGAGUGUUCUCAAGCACAGCAUCGGCAAAGACCUCACAAAAAUCUCCUUCCCCGUAUUCUUCAACGAGCCAACAAGCAUGCUGCAACGUAUGGCGGAAGAUAUGGAGUUCUCGGAGUGCUUGGACGCAGCUGCACAGGAGCAAGACCCGCUUCGCCGCAUUGCCUUCGUAGCAGCUUUCGCCAUGUCGAACUAUUCAUCCACCAUCGGCCGAAUAGCUAAACCAUUCAACCCAAUGCUUAGCGAGACGUUUGAAUAUGUCUCACACGACAAGGAGUACCGCUACGUAUCAGAGCAAGUUUCACACCACCCGCCCAUCUCGGCAUGCUACGCUGAGUCCCCACGCUGGCAUUACUUCGGCGAGGUCGACGCACAGAACAAGUUUAUGGGCAAGAGCUUCGAGAUUCGGCCCACCGGAGUCGCUCACGCCGAGCUCGUCAUUCCAGAAGCGUGGGGUCUGAAUUACCCCAAGUACGACAGCUCUAUCACUGGUAGCGAGCCCCGCGUCGUCGAGCACUUUAGCUGGAAGAAAGUCACGACGAACGUCUCCGGUUUCUUGCUUGGGUCGCCGACGAUUGACCAUUAUGGCGAGAUGGUGGUUACGAAUCAUCGUACUAAGGACACUUGCGCGCUCAUCUUCAAACCGCGUGGCUGGCGUGCCAAAGACGCUUUCGAAAUCUCAGGCUACGUCGCAGAUGCGUCUGGGAACAUGCAGUACGAGAUUGCAGGACGGUGGAAUAGUCAACUAGUUGCACGUGCAGUCUCUGCUCCCAGUGCAGGUGCCGGUGCUUUAAACCCGGACGUGGACAGUACGCCUGCCGAGUUUAUAUUGCUGUGGCGCAACAGUGUGAAGCCAUCUGCGCCAUUCAACUUGACACCUUUUGCGAUCACACUCAACGAUUGUCCGCCCGACACGCUGAAGCCGUACCUGCCACUAACGGAUUGCCGUCUACGCCCGGACCAGCGCGCGUUUGAGCUCGGGAAGUAUGAACGUGCCAACGUGCUCAAGAUCGCCCAGGAGGAACAUCAACGUGCCAUUCGCAAGAAGCGUGAGACGGGGGAGUUGCCACCGCAUUGCCCUCGGUGGUUCACCGCCGAGACAGAUGGCGAUACUGGAGAGCGCGUAUGGUCUGCCUCGCGCACUGAGAAGGGUUCGUUGGAGUAUUGGAGUGAACGCGAGAAGGUGUGGAAGGCUGGCGGGAAAGUAUCAUACAAGGGGGUAGAACCCAUAUUCGUCGAGGAAGAGCCUUGA